ACUGAAACCAUAUUCGUUAGAUGUUGAUUUUAAAAAAUAAAACAGAGCACUAAAAGGGAACUAAAGAAAGAAAUUGAACGAAUCAGGUUUUUUUCUUCUUUAUAAUAUUAUAUUAUUAGUAUUAUAAACAAUAUUUAUUUUCUUUUAUAAAAAGAAUAAAGAGAGUUUGAUCUAGAGAAGUCUGGAAUUUGUGUUACGGUAAAGACACGUACUUUAUAUUUCCCACACACAUCAAGAAGUUUCCGCCUGUCACUCAAUAUAUAACUUGCCUCGCCGUUAAGCAAUCACCCCAAAAAAAAACGCAAUCUUUUUUCAGCAGAAGAGAAAGUUAACGAUGUGGAAUCAGCCUUACGGCGGCAAAUAUGACGUGGAAUCCGGCGGCCGGCCCCUGUAUCCGAUGAUGCUGGAGAGCCCGGAGCUCCGGUGGUCGUUCAUUAGGAAAAUAUACACAAUCGUCGCUAUUCAAUUGCUCUGCACAAUUGCAGUCGGUGCUGUUGUCGUCACUAUUCAUCCCAUAUCUCUUUUCUUUACCACCACUGGAGCUGGUUUGGCGCUUUACAUCAUUCUCAUCAUCACCCCAUUUAUCGUUUUGUGCCCUUUGUAUUACUAUUACCAGAGGCACCCAUGGAAUUAUUUACUCCUCGGUAUUUUCACUCUUUCUCUUGCUUUUUCUGUGGGGUUGACAUGUGCCUUCACAAGUGGAAAAGUGAUACUGGAAUCCGUAAUCUUAACUGCUGCAGUGGUGAUAAGUCUGACCUUGUACACAUUCUGGGCUGCAAAGAGAGGACACGACUUCAAUUUCCUCGGACCCUUUCUCUUUGGCGCUCUUAUGGUUCUCAUGCUCUUCGCCAUCAUCCAGAUUUUCUUCCCAUUGGGUCGUAUAAGCGUAAUGAUCUACGGCUGUUUGGCAUCCAUAAUAUUCUGUGGGUACAUCGUUUACGACACUGAUAAUCUGAUCAAACGAUAUACGUACGAUCAGUACAUUUGGGCUGCCGUUGCACUGUAUUUGGAUGUCAUCAAUCUCUUCCUUUCUUUGAUGACCGUUUUCAGAGCUGCCGAUAGUUAGAUUAAACCGAGUUUGCUCGACGUUCUUCUCAUCUGAUACUACAAUACUAGAAUACUUUCUGUGUAAAUGAUUCUAUCGACUCUUGAAUAUACCUGUAUGAAUUUAGGAAGACUUGUUAAUAAUACUUUUUGUUCUUUUCGAUGAAUCAAUAGCCGAAAGGUCCUUUUUUUCGUUAGAAUGGUCUGUUUUCUGCUAAUGUGAAAAUUUUAAUUUUACUUU